AUGACCACGCAGUUACCUAUUGUAAACUGUACCGGACUCCAUAAACUGCUUUCUCAUCCGUCUUCGGCUCGUGGAAUCGGUGGUCGAUUACGGCCAAGACUUCUCCCCCGCUCCAAAUUGGAGAAAUACCACCCCAAAAUGGGGACCGGCACCCAUAAUACUCGGGGUAUUCCAAGUACGGAGUAUAACCCCCCCAACCUGAAGAAAUAUGGAUCGCCGUUUCUAUGGCCCAAAUGGCGCAAAUCCAUUAUGAUUUGGAUCUCAUGUGCAGUGACGGCCCUCGCCGGUUACUCUGCAGGGGAGGCCAGCCCGGCGUCAACAGAGCUGACCGCAGAAUGGGGCAUCAGCUCGGUGGUGUACAAUCUGGCUAUUACGAUCUUCUGUGUGGGGUUUGGGCUUGCGCCGAUGGUACUUGCUCCUUUCUCUGAGAUCAAUGGAAGGAGGCCGAUUUUUGUUAUCAGUGGGAUUAUUUUUGUUGCCUGUACUAUCGCAUGCGGUGGAACACAUUCUUUUGCUGGGCUGGUCAUAGGGCGACUUUUCCAAGGCGUGGGAGCAUCAACCUUCUCUACAAUGGUUGGAGGCGUUAUCAGCGACUUUUACCACGCCGAAGACCGAAACACUCCCAUGGCAUUGUUCUCUGCGGCUGCUCUCUUCGGCACAGCACUAGCUCCGCUGCUGUCAAGCAUUAUUGUGUACCACACUACAUGGCGCUGGAUUUAUUACUCACAUACUAUUGUGUCAGGGGCGUUUGUCAUUUUGAUCUUUUUCUUCUUUUCAGAAACACGUGGGAGUCUUGAGGCUGGUGGCCAUCAUGGAGUCAUCAUACCUGGCAGCGGAGCCUGUGAGGGAGAUAACACCAAGCGGAUUAGGUGGAAAGUGAAGAGUGAUGAACAGCGGGUGUCCUUGGUCCAGAUGAUCAGCAUCUCCUGCUACCGUCCAUUCCACAUGUUGUUCACAGAGCCUGUCGUCUUUUUCUUUUCCCUUUGGGCUGCUUUUAGCUGGGCUGUCCUGUAUCUCCAGUUCAGUUCUGUUCCGUUGGUUUUCAAAACAAACCAUAACUUCAACACUGAGGAGAGUGGAGCUGUCUUUACAUCAAUAUGUAUCGGGAUAAUCCUCAUCACCAUCAUAAGUAUUUACCAAGAGAGGAUCACAGAGCACUUCAUGAAGCUCCCGAAAUCAGCCGAGCGACGUCUCUACUUUUCCUGCAUUGAAUCAAUCCUGUUGCCUAUAGGCUUAUUCUGGUUUGGAUGGACGUCGUACUCGUCCAUUCCAUGGAUCGUGCCGACACUGGGCGUCGGCUGUGCGGCAAUGGGCAUCUUCUCGGUCUACUUGGCUGUUUUCAACUACUUGGCUGAUACCUAUCAUCGAUACGCGAGUUCUGCUAUUGCAGCGCAAUCAUGCUGUCGAAACCUACUAGGCGGUGUCUUUCCAUUGGUUGCCAACGCCAUGUUCACCAAUAUGGGCUAUCCUGCUGCAUCCAGUUUAUUAGGUGCUUUCCUGGCACUUGUUCCAUGGCUCCUUGCCUUUUUUGGGCCCAAAAUCCGCGCAAAAAGUAAACUAGCAAGUGAACUUGCGCAUUAAGAAUGUAGAUUACAACAGGACAGUCAAUAGAUUCGUCCUAUUCUAUAAUCUCUUGAUGAAAGAACACAGUACUAAUCUAUGUGUUUUAUCUUCGUCAUACAUC